GCAUGCCGGUCUGAGGGGCGACUCCAGAGGACCAUGCUGUGCGGGCUUAAGAAGGAUUUUCAGUCGGAUUUCGAUGACGGCCCGUAUUCGAAAGGCGGCAAAGAUCCGACGGGCAACGAUGCUGCUUUGGUGUCCCGGCGUCAAAGUAUUCCAGAUGAGUUUCGGGGCGUCACUGUCGUGGAGCUCAUCAAGAAAGAAGGAAGCACACUGGGCCUGACCAUCUCAGGGGGCACGGACAAAGAUGGCAAACCUCGAGUGUCCAAUCUGAGGCCAGGAGGUCUGGCAGCAAGGAGUGACCAGCUGAAUAUCGGUGAUUAUAUAAAGUCGGUGAAUGGCAUUAACUUGACAAAACUCCGCCAUGAAGAGAUCAUCAGUUUACUGAAGAACGUGGGGGAGAGAGUUGUGCUGGAGGUGGAGUACGAGUUGCCUCCAACCACUCCGGAUAACACUGCAGCCAUCAUCCCAAAGACGCUGGAGAUCACUCUUUGCAAAGAGGGCAACAGCUUUGGCUUCGUAAUGAGAGGUGGGGCACAAGAAGACUGGCACAAAUCCAGGCCUUUGGUCAUAACCUACGUGAGGCCGGGAGGACCAGCGGACAGGGAAGGGACCUUAAAACUUAGUGACCGGAUCAUGUGUGUGGAUGGCAUCUCCUUUUACAAUGUGCCCCUCUCGGACGCCCUCGCCAUCCUCCGGCAGUGCAGUCAAGAGGCCGUCUUCCAGAUCGAAUAUGAUGUCUCCCUUAUGGACACUGUGACAAACGCAUCAGGACCCCUACUGGUGGAAAUCGCCAAGACACCCGGCUCCACAUUGGGCAUUUCGCUGAGCACGAGCACCCAUCGGAACAAGCAGGUGAUAAUCAUCGACAAGGUGAAGCCAGCCAGCGUGGCGGACAGGUGUGGAGCACUGCACCCCGGAGAUCACAUCCUGUCCAUCGAUGGCACCAGUACAGAGCAUUGCACGGUGAUGGAAGCCACGCAGCUCCUGGCCAGCACCAUGGAGAACGUCAAGCUGGAGAUCCUGCCGGUCCAUCACAGCCGGCUGUCUCUCCGACCGCCGGAGACCGUUAAGGUGCAGAAGAGUGAACACCACCACUGCUGGGACCCCUGCGUCAACUACUGCCAUACCCACCUCCCCGGGCACUGCAAGACCCCCACUUGGAAUCCUACUUCUAAUCAAGACUACUGCAAGUCUUUGGUUGCCACCAAUUUCUCCUCCUCGUCAUCGGCAGGCACUCCUGGGUUUAGCAGCAGCCAAAAUUCCAACACCCUCCCCCGUACUGCGCACCAGAUGAGUCCGAGGACGACGAUGACUAGAAGACGGCAGCGGAGAAAGGACCACAAGAGUUCCUUGUCUCUUUCUUCUAGUACGGUGGGUCCUGGCGGUCAGAUCAUACACACGGAAACCACAGAGAUAAUCCUUCGGGGUGACCCCUUAAAUGGAUUUGGGAUUCAACUGCAGGGAGGAAUAUUUGCGACUGAGACGCUGUCAUCUCCCCCGCUAAUCAGAUUCAUUGAGCCGGACAGCCCAGCCGAGAGGUGUGGGCUCCUGCAGGUUGGCGAUCGGUUACUCUCCAUCAAUGGGAUCCUAACUGAAGAUGGGACGCUGGAAGAGGCCAAUCAGCUCCUUCGAGACGCAGCAUUGUCCAAUAAAGUUGUGCUGGAGAUUGAAUACGAUGUUGCAGAGUCCGUGGUUCCGAGCAGUGGUACGUUUCACGUCAAGCUGCCGAAGAAGAGAGGAGUGGAGCUGGGCAUCACAAUCAGCUCUAGCAGAAAACCGGGAGAACCUCUAAUAAUCUCUGACAUUAAGAAGGGCAGUGUAGCACACAGAACUGGCACCUUAGAGCCUGGUGACAAGCUAUUGGCCAUUGACAACAUCCGUCUUGACAACUGCUCAAUGGAGGACGCUGUACAGAUCCUGCGGCAGUGCGAGGAGCUGGUCAAACUGAAGAUUCGCAAGGAUGAGGACAACUCUGAUGAGCAGGAGACAACGGGUGCCAUUAUAUACACAGUAGAGCUUAAGAGAUACGGAGGACCUCUGGGAAUUACAAUCUCAGGGACUGAAGAGCCAUUUGAUCCCAUUGUCAUUUCUGGUCUCACCAAAAGAGGGCUGGCGGAGAGGACUGGAGCCAUCCAUAUUGGGGACCGCAUUCUAGCCAUUAACAAUGUCAGUCUGAAAGGAAAGCCACUGAGUGAGGCCAUCCACUUGCUGCAGAUGGCGGGAGAGACGGUGACGCUCAAGAUAAAGAAGCAGGCAGAGAGGCCUCAAUCACAAAAGCUCUCUGAUGGAAUGAACGAAGGAAGCGACCCAGAAGAUGACCUAACUGACUCCCAGAAGACUAGCAAGCUAUCCGAAAUCUACUCCACUACAAUCCCCAGUGUGGACAGCGCCCUCGAGUCGUGGGAUGGCUCUGGCAUUGAGACAGGAUAUAGCAGUCAGGGGAACUUCAUACAUCAGGCUGUUGGUCUCUCUCUGCACCCACACGAGUGGAGAGCCAGUCGGCAGAAGAUGAACACGCCACCGGUAGAGCACAGGAAAAGCUAUCCCUUCCUGGAUGGAAGCUUCAAUGAAGAGGAAUGGGAAAAGCCAGCCCGAUAUCCCAGCCAACCCAAUGGCCUGGAGACUGAGCACGACGAUAGCUUCUGGCGAGUCUUCGGAGAAGCUUUGGAGGAUCUGGAGACCUGUGGACAAUCCGAGCUCUUGAGGGAGAUUGAGGCAUCCAUCAUGACGGGCAGUGUACAAAGCUUGGGCUUGGAUGGCACUAAACUGCUACAUGAAAACUCCAAUAAGAGUAGCCGCUUCCUGCAUCGGAAAUCGCACCACUCUAGAAACAGCCCCAAGAAAGACGGCAAGCUCAGCCAAGACCCGAAAAUCCUGAGGGACGAGGACCAAGAUGUGUACUCCAGUGCUGAGCUGCUCAAGGUGACUGUUAUGAAGGACUUGGAGACAGAUGACUUUGGGUUCAGUGUCUCGGAUGGUCUUCUAGAGAAAGGUGUGUACGUGAACAUGAUCCGACCCAAUGGUCCGGCAGACAGGAGUGGUCUCCAGCCUUACGAUCGGAUCCUGCAGGUAAACCACGUGCGCACGCGAGAUUUUGACUGUUGCCUGGCCGUGCCUCUUUUGUCCGAUGCUGGGGACAGACUGGAUCUCGUCAUCAGUCGGAGCCCUCCGUCGGGGAGCGCUCUGGAAGACGCCAUCAAACGCCAAACUAGUGUGGAAUCCAAAACGAGCACAAAAACCCUCUGAGAUGAUGUGACAAAAAUGUGACCGCCUCCCCCCCCCCCCUUCCUCAAUCUAUUUGGCCAGCUCAAAGGUACUCCGGCCCCAAGGUUCCUCCCUCCCUGUUGACUUCCUGCACAGAUAUGCUAUAUAUUCCAUUCAGAGUCUUUAAAAACAUUCAGCACUUAUAAUUUAUAUAAAAAAAAAGCUCUUUCACUCGUCACUUACCAAUUCUUAGGGGCCACAACAUUAGGGGGGGCUCUGUCCUUGGUUUUUAGAGAUUCAUCCCUUUCUCAUGGUGCUAUUCUGCUUUUUUGUUAUUUUUUCCUGUUAUUUUUUUUUUCAAACCUAUAUACCUCUCAUUAAUGAUCAGUGCUCCCCUUAACUGUGUUUGAAGGAACAGCACCCCAUUUUCCCAAGCCAGAAGGAGUCUCCCUGUGUGUCUGUGUAUUGCUUGUGAUACUAUCUUUUUUUUUUUUUUUUAUUAAUAUUUAUUGUUCCACGUGAGGCUCGCAUUUUGUAGUUUUUGUAUCACUGACGCACUUUAUACUCUUCUCUUAGCACCCUAUGUAAAGUAUUUUUAUUCCCUGACCCCUUCAGAAUAAGGGAUCAACCUCCCCAGUAGAGGGCUCUCCAGAUACGCCCAAGCUUCACAAAACCCUACAAAUGCUAGCCCAUCACCCUCGCUCCACGCCACCCCUACCACAUAAGUCUUUAGUUACUGCUAGACACACCUGCAUUACAUUCACAGAAUCCCAGACAAGCCUUCACAAAAAUGGCUGCUCUUACGCACAUCUUCCCCAUGAUGCACUGCCAUCCGGGCCUACUAUCCCUUUGACGAUUGACUUGGCACUGUGAUAUCACGCGCACUUCCAGCACUCUACCAUUGUUUUUCUUCUCUCUUUUCCAUAUACACCGAGCGAUCACUGUUACCCGCACCUAACUGCCAUUUCCUUUCUUUCCUAUCAGAAUUUUGUAUUUGUGGGAAUUCGGUUGCUGCUUUUUAUUUAUUUUGUGGUCACUUUUUUUCAUAUUACACUGCCAAUAUUGGUGAGCGAUGACGCACUUUCUGACUGUUGAGCUGUUUUGGUGAAAUAGACCUUCACGCCCAUGUGGUUCCUGUAGUCCCAGAGAUAUGCAAGUAGCGGACCUCUAGCUGUUGUACAACUACAAGUCCCAUGAGGCCAUGGGCGUCC